GUAAAAAAUAGUAGAGGGGCAUAUUUGAUAAACGACAUAGUAAAGGGACAUAUUAUACCUAUAACCCAAAAUAUAACCCUAAAUUUUAAGUGCAUACUAGAUCACUAGUAAAAUGUAAUUUACCCCCAACAAUAUCAUUUCACACCUCUUUUUUAAGUUGCCAAGGCAAUGGGUGAAACGUCGUCGUUCGAUCGAAGACCAUCCACGUCAUCUGCUUUUAUCCAGAUACGUGGACCAUCCGUCUCCCGCCAUUACAUUAAAAAACGAUGCCGUUCCCACCACUUCACUACCGCCAUGGCUUUCCCUCUCAUCCCUCCGCCGGCGCCGCCGAACCUCCUCCCAUCCUCCGUCGCAUUCACCCGCCGCUCCCUCCUCCUCUCCACCUCCCUCUCCUCCAUCACCCUUCCUCCACCGUCGCCGCCUCCACCAGACACCACGGUGACCGACAGAAUCUUCAUGGACUUCUCCAUCUGCCCGGCCUACUCCAAACCUGACCGCACCGUCUCCGACACUGUCGCCACGCUCUGCACCGAGCCGUUCCUCCUCGGCCGCCUUGUCCUCGGCCUCUACGGCCACUUGGUUCCCACUACCGUCUCCAAUUUCAAAUCCAUGGUCAAUUCGUCUUCCUACAAGAACACCCUCGUCCACAAGGUGCUCCCGGGUCAAUUCUUCCUCGCCGGAAGGCAGGGGAGGAGGGAAUUGGGCGAGGUCAGACCCCCCGCUGACUUGCCGAGAAACGUCGAGGCCGUCGAUCCCAAGGCCUUUCGGCUCGCCCACUCGAAGGCCGGUGUUCUGUCGCUGUGCUUGUCGGAGAACGAUGAUGAGGACGAUGUGAAGCUCGAUCCGAACUACAGGAAUGUCGAGUUCUUGAUUACUACCGGGCCGGGUCCGUGCCCUGAGUUGGAUGGCAAGAACAUUGUGUUUGGACAUGUGCUUGAAGGUAUGGACGUCGUGACAGCGAUAUCUUCCAUCCCAACCUACAAACCGGGGGAAAGGAUCCGGCAGUUCAACGACUUUGCCGAGUUCCUGGGCGACGAGAGGGCACUGAACGCGCGAUCGAGCUGGAACCGGCCACUGAAAACCGUGUUCAUCAGCGACUGCGGGGAGCUGCGAGUCACUAAGCCAUCCCUUUCUCCCUCUUUACCUUAGCAGUAUGUAUAUGCCUAUUAGCUUUUCUUCCCUACUGUCAUAUCAUUACUUUGGUUGAUCUCGUCCGUGGUCCUUCCAAUUUGGCUUCUACUGAAGUUGCUUCGCUCUCACGUUUCUUUCCUAAGGCGUGAUGAGCAACAGUGUACGCAGAUUGAUUUGUUCCUUCUUUGGACUUUUGGGGCUGGGGCCGCACAUUUUGUGAAGUGAGGCAAAUUGGCAUGCUCCCUGGCCUCCAUAUGGGUCGAUAAUGUAGGGACUUGUUCCCAAGCGGUGUCGUUUUCGUGGGAAAAGAUGUUUAGGUUCCAUUUUAUUUUCGACUUUUUCAAGUCCUUUUCUUCUCUUUUUAACUUUUAAGUAUAUAGUAAUAUGAUGUCAUAAAUUUAAGGCUGAUAUCUAUAUCGGUGCAAAUGUGGUUCAAGCAAGCGUAUUUCGUUUGGAGUUCAUACAACACAACUCGAGUUCAGACAACAGAUUACAGAUGUCGGUAUGAAUAGUGAAUACAACGUGAAUACAACCCUAUCUCGUUCGCCGUAAAUUUUGGCUAACUUGGUUAUAGUUAGAUGCUAAUUAUA